UAGUCGAAUCAGCUAACGUGAACUGAAUUUUAGGUAAAUGCAGUUCAUGUGUUUUACAACCGGCUCCGUUUGACUCAGGCAGUUAGCUAACUUCAUGUUUGACCGCAGAGCUUGUCUGAGUGGACACUGACGGAGGCCGUCUGGAGGUGAGGAUGUUGGGGCUCAGAUGCAUUGUGGGUAACCUGCCUGGAGGAGGUAGACUCCUGAGAAAUCUUCAACACAUCCGGUUUGUCUCGUCCUCUCUGACGCCACAGAGUCAGCAGGUCAGACUUCAUCGUGGUCCUCCUCAGCUGACUGUGAGGCGUUUACUGUCUCAGGAUCAGAACCCGUCUGUCCGCUCUGCUCGGCUGAAGCUGCGGACUCGCCUGGCAGUGACCCUGCUGUUCGGCGGCGGGCUGAUGGGGGUCUGGUACUACGUUUACUCUGAGAAGCAGCAGAAGUUGAGGCAGCAGCGCGUGAAACAGCUGCAGCAGGUCGCUCUGGGUCAGGGGAACUUCAGCCUCUUGGAUCACAAGGGGGAGCGCAGGGCCAAGAAGGACUUCCUGGGUAGCUGGGUGCUGCUGUACUUCGGCUUCACACACUGUCCCGACAUCUGUCCUGAUGAGCUGGACAAGCUGAGCGCCGUGGUCUCUGAUCUGGACCGGGACUCCUCGCUGCCUCCUGUGCAGCCGCUCUUCAUCACGGUGGAUCCAGAGCGGGACGACGUACCGGCGCUGGCCCGCUACGUCAAAGACUUCCACCCUCGUCUGAUCGGCCUGACGGGUACGCCGGAGGAGGUGAAAGAUGCGGGCCGGGACUACAGAGUGUACGCCAGCCCCGGACCAAAGGACGAGGACGGGGACUACAUCGUGGAUCACACAAUCCUAAUAUACUUGGUAACUCCUGAUGGGCUGUUUCUGGAUUAUUACAACAGAAUGAAGAACCAGGAGCAGAUCGGGGAGAGUGUCAGAAACCAUAUCAAGAACUACGUCACACUCGCAAACACCUGAACGCAGCACGGGAAUCAAAACUAAACUUUAAAGACCUGAAAUACUCAAACUCUGAGGAUUCUCUCUGAAGCUCCUUAACAAUAUCUGUCUGAAAAAUUAAGUCUCACAUGUUUAAUCAGAUCAGUCAUGCUGUUUUCUCUCUUCAUGGUAAAUCCUGAAUCUCUUCAAGAACCACUACUGAGGAUUUAGCCACUUCUAAUAAAGAUGCGGUCUCACUGUUUUGGGCUUCUGUACGAUCAGGAUUCCCCUGUAAUAAAGGUUCUUUCAACAUGCAGAAUGCACCGUGAUUAUUUCCAGGUGAUUUCAAACCAAUGAAAACAUCCUGAUGGAGAUUAUUUUCACAUUUCUGAUGACAGCUUUUAUUCUUACACACUGGAUCUUAUGAAUCAAACUCUGUUGUCCAGCAGGUGUUUCCACACUCUGCCUUAAAGUUAUAAAAUAGUUCACACAUACUGCAACAGACACUUUGCUGCGUCAGUCUCAACUUGUGAUAUUCAGACCUCAGAGAUAUUUAAUAUGAUCAUGAGUUAAAAUCUGUUGUUUCAUUCAUGAGAUUUGAUUCAAACUUUAAAUAAAUUAUGUUUGCAACA